GCCCGCACAUCGCACACCAUGAGGUUCGGCCAGCAGCUCAAGCAGUCGCUCAACAAGCAGUGGGUCUUCUACUACAUUGACUACGAGGGCCUCAAGCACUCUCUGCGCGUCCCGCACGUCUGGGACGAGAAGUCGGAGCAGAGUUUCGUCGAGCAGCUCGAGAAGGAGCUCGACAAGGUCUACACCUUCCAGCGCGUCAAGGCCGAGGAGAUCAUCCGUCGCAUAGCAGCAUCGGAGAAGGAGGUCAACGAUGCCGUCGCCCGCGCCCAGCAGAGCCCCGGAAACAGCCAGGACUUUGAGGACGACUUUGACCUGCUCGAGGAAGACCUGAGCGACAUCAUCGCCGACGUCCACGACCUCGCAAAGUUCACCCAGCUGAACUACACGGGCUUCCAGAAGAUUAUCAAGAAGCACGACAAAAACACCAGUUGGUUCCUCAAGCCCGUCUUCGCCGCCCGCCUCAAGCGCAAGCCCUUCUUCCAAGACAACUACGACUCAUACGUCGUCAAGCUAUCGAGACUUUACGACAUUGUCCGCACCCGAGGAAACCCCGUCAAGGGCGAUGCCUCGGCAGGAGGAAAACAACAAAACUUUGUGCGCCAGACAACAAAGUACUGGGUGCAUCCAGACAACAUCCUGGAGCUGAAGCUCAUUAUCCUCAAGCACCUGCCUGUGCUCGUGUUCAACCCUAACAAGGAAUUCAACGAGGAAGACUCUGCCAUUACGUCCAUCUACUUUGACAACACGGAUACAUGGGAGCUGUACGAGGGCCGUCUGAAGAAGACCGAAGGUGCCGAGGCUAUCCGACUGCGCUGGUAUGGAGGCAUGUCAAGCGACACCAUCUUCAUCGAGCGCAAGACACAUCGUGAAGACUGGACGGGCGAGGAGUCUGUCAAGGCACGGUUCAAGCUCAAGGAGAAGAAUGUCAACGCAUACCUCCGUGGCGAGCUUAUGCCGGAACAGAUCUUUGAGAAGGAGCGCAGGGAACAGAAGCGGCCAGAGAAAGACAUUGCCUCGGACGAGCAGCUGGCACGAGAAAUCCAAUACCGUGUUCUCACCCGCAAGCUCGAGCCCGUUACACGAUCCUUCUACCACCGAACUGCCUUCCAACUCCCCGGAGAUGCGCGUGUUCGUAUCUCGCUCGACACUGAGCUGACCAUGACCCGCGAGGACAACCUGGACGGCAAGACCCGUUCUGGUGACAACUGGCGUCGCACUGACAUUGGCGUGGACUGGCCCUUCAAGCAGCUGCCCAAGGAGGACAAGGAACUUUUCCCAUAUGCUGUUCUCGAAGUCAAACUACAGACACAAGCAGGAGGCGAGCCACCGCAGUGGAUUCGGGACCUCACCGCAUCCCAUCUGGUUGAGGCUGUACCCAAGUUCUCCAAGUACAUCCAUGGUACAGCCACGCUCAACCCCAAGCGCAUCAACUUGCUUCCGUACUGGUACCCACAGAUGGAUGUUGAUAUUCGCAAGCCCGUCACCCACAACUUUGGUAUUGAGCGACCUGGGGCGAGCAACGACAUUAGCACUAGCGGCAACCUUGACGAUGAUGAUGACAGCGAGGAUGACAUGGCCGGUGCUCUCCCUGCGGCUAACGGCAGCGAGGAUGAUGAUCGCUUGAGGAGGCUGCGCGAGGCCAGAGAUGUUAUGGAACAAAACGAAAUGGAGCGAGCCCGUGACUACGGGACUCUGACCAACGGUAACGACCCUAAUGCACUUGAUAUCGAGGAGCGCGUCGCCGCCAGGCGCACUACCGACGAGGACUACCCCAUCUACGACUCGGACAGUGAUGACGAGGAGGACGACUUUGAAGCCGCCAAAAGAGAGGGAGGCCUUCGCUAUGCCCGAAAGUGGGUUGAGCGAACAGCCUCCAACGUGGGGUCUGCAGUACUCAACACAGUUGUGUCGAUUAUUCCAAAGCCAACGCCUACGGAUGUUGGGGACGGAGGCUUCACGCUUGGUGUACCAAGCUGGAAACAGCGGGGCGAAGUGAAGCGGUUCAAGGCUCCAAAGGGCAAGCGUAUUCACGUUCCUGUCCGCGUCGAACCCAAGGUCCAGCUAGCGACUGAGCGCACGUUUCUUUCCUGGCUCGAAUUCUCAAUCCUCAUUGGCUCCAUUGCUGCUACCCUACUCAACUUUGGUGACGGCCUUGCCUUUGCGGCUGCCUGGGCUUUCACCAUCAUCGCAUGCCUGGCACUGUGUUAUAGUGCUGGCCUGUAUAUCUGGCGCGUCAACAAGAUCAGAGAGAGGAGAGCCGUAACGUAUCACGACCGAUGGGGUCCUACGUUGCUUUGUGCCGGACUCUUGUGUGCGGUUGCUGUAAGUUUUGGCUACCGUCUUGGAAAAGGCGGUUAUGAUGGUGGUUUGAAGGGUGAUAUCAAGGGUUGAGUGGGAAUGUCCUCUUAGUCUGCCUAGAAGAUGUGUUGUUGUUGUUGCUGUUGUUGUUGUUAUUGUUGUAUUGGGAGUUGUCAUGGGGAUGUCUAACAAAAUCACUCUGGUUUUUUUUUUGGUCCUUCUGUUUGAAUGGCUGGACGGGGUGGUAUGAUGCAUCAUUGUUAAUUUGUUCAGUCGGUUGAUUUUUGUUAGUUUUAUUAUUGUUGCUCUUUUUUUUCUUUUUUUUCUUCUUCUGCGCGAUCAUGAGGCGAUUCGUUGUGUACCAUGAGGGAAAAGAAAAAAAAUGGGUAAGUAACGUUAAUUUGC